CCCUCUUUAUUUAAAGAAGACUACUACAUUCAAUAGGCUGCAGAAAACAGAAAAACAAUAAUAAAGGCUCCCUGUAGGAAGUUAUUAUAGAAGUUGAAGACUUUUGCUGCUGAUUAAUGAUCAUCAAUAUGGCCUCAUUCAAUAAGCUUUAUCAUGAGCUGAAAGUUGUAUUCAUCUUUGCCCUUUUAUGUUAUCCUCAUGUUACAGUAAUUACAGAUGGUGGAAAUGUUUCAAACUGGCCGGGAAAGGAGACAAGAGGAAUGAAGGUAGGAUCAAGGCCACCAAGGUGUGAAGGAAAAUGCUCGAAUUGCAGGCCUUGUGUUGCUACAUUAAUAGCUCCUGGUCAUCAAGUCAAGAAAGUUACCAUUUCUUCCUCUAAAGAAGAUGGCACUUAUUAUCUUCUUGCAUGGAGAUGUAAAUGUGCAAAUAAGCUUUUCCAACCUUGAAAAACUAUUUAGUUCAUCUGUUUAUUUUUAUAUAUAUAUUGAGGUUUUGGCU